CCGAGAAGAGCGGUUUCCCCGUGGAGGAGGAAGCUGGAGGGAGAAGAGGGCCCGAUCGGCCGAGUGAGUUGGCAGUGAGUUAAGCGAGUCAGGCGCGCGCCCGGCUCAGUCACCACGAGAUCGUCUUGCCGAAUGGUCAAGUUGCGCGUUUCUAAAUCACGUUAUAGCGACGCUGACUUACUAUUUUCUUACAUCGGAGUGGGAUAGAAAUUUAUGAAAUUUGAAAAAAAAAAAAGCAAAAACAACAACACCAACAAAAAAAAACAAAAAACAACGAGGUAAUUUCAUGACACGGAAGGAAUAAGCUCGACCGAGAAAGAUCGAAGGGACAGCUCUGAGCCUCCGAAAGGGAUCGGCGCGUUAUCGUUCACGGUAAAGUGCACACCACUGCCAGGGAGAUCCUCGAAGAUAUUCCGCGGAGAUCGACGAAAGAUCGACAAACGGAUAAUUGACGAUAAAGAAGUGAAGGCCGAUCGUAACGGGACGGUUUGCUUCGGAAAACGAAAGAUGUGGACAUUUUUAUUGCGCUGUUACGUGUCUAUAACUUCAAUCUGAAUUUAUUGAUGGCCGCCUCGGAGUGAUCGAUACAUCGAUACCUCGAUCGCGAUCUUUACAGUUGUGGUUUUCGUUAUAUAUCUUGCGUUUAAAAAAAGAAAAAAUAAAAGAAAAAAUAAACGAAGAAACGACGAUAAUAUAAAUUACCGCCCCCUUCCCGAAGCAACGGUCAGCCGCGGGCCCAAGUGGAUGCUGCAGCGGAGGAUACUUCUGGUACCAAAGCUAAGAAGGAUAAAGCGACGCUGGAAGAAGCGGCGACGCAGCUGCUCCUGCAACAGGAGAACGCGCAAGAGAUGAUCUUCGAUUUGCUGGUGGCCGGAGCAUACGCCCUCGCCACACUCAGGCGGUAUUCAGUGGCACAAACGGCUACUCUGACGAUCUUCGCAUUGUUUCUGAGUUCGGGCCUCGCCGGAGUUUCGGGAGCGCCGGUGUUCGACGUGCACGUAAACGUGCGGGACAAGCCUUGGGUCCAAUCCUGCGGUAAGCCGGUCGCUUCGGCCCAAAGACCGGCCGCCCAGAGACACAGCGUUCAUCGUACCCUGAAACACGUACAAACUCAGCUGAAGGUGGCGCAAAAUCAAUAUCGAAAGGAGCUCAAAGAUGUACGGGAAAUUUACUCGCAGGUGACUAAAGAGUUGGAAGAGCAGUACAAGCUGCCAUGGCUACCGGAAAAUCAGUUCGAGUGGUAUUACAAAGAGGUGUUGUGCCUCGAUAAGUCGAAGAAGGCCCAAGUCGCUCUACCCAAACUCCACGAUACUCUGCAGAGGUACGCGAUCACCUUUCACAAUCUCAAGAUUUUCGAACUCAAGGCGGACGUCAACGAUCCCGCACCGGAGAAACGAAACAAAGUCAUCAACGGAAUUUACCACGAAAUUCUAAGGAUGCUCUGCGAAGUCGAGACGGCAAUCCUUACGCUCGGUAUCAAACUGCCGUUGGCGCACGAAGAGGUGAUAGUAACGGAAAGUCCUCACUGGACAAAGGAAGCGGAUUUCACGCGUAUGUUGGUGCAGGACAGCGGGAUACUCAGAUUGUACAAAUUAUUUCUCGACGACUGGUCAAGGGCAUUGCGUAACGCGACCGCUAAGGGAACUGGUACUUGCGAUCCGUCGAAGCUCCCGCCGUACGUAGCUGCGCCCAAAAAGGGGAAGAAAAAUCACCAGGGAAAUAAAAAUGGCGGCAAGAAACGCGUCGGGGUCAAGAAACAGAAGCAAGGUCAACGUGCGUCCGAAACCGAGGGAAAGAAAUUCUCCAGACCCGGUAAAAUCCCGGGAAAGGGCCCUCGCAGAAAAUUCAAUGGUAACAGGCGGAAAAAAAAUGGUAUAAAUUUUAAUCUCCCUCGAAGGGAGAGGUCGGCGCACAUGCAACUUUGGUAAACGAAAGACGGACGGACUUUCGUUAGUUGUGCGGAAAACGCGCAUUUAUCACGCGCAAUAGUUCUCGCGAUAGAAUAGUAAUUUCACUAACACUCUCGUCAACUAUUUAUUUCAUCGACACUACGAUCAUUUUAUUGAAUGUAUACAUAAUUAAUUAGCCUAAUGAUAAUAUCUGUGGUCCUACCGUGUUUCUGGAUGAAAUAUGUUCGAGCGAAACGAGGGACGGGACUAGAGACCAGUAUUACGAGAUCUACUUCAAACUAAAACAGUAUUAAAUCGAAUCACAAUUAGUGCGAUUACCAAUUCCAGGCAUUUAGAUGGGCGCAAUUUCGUCGCUAUCGUGCGGAGUGUGUAUGUAUAUGAGUAUAACGUGCCAAUUAUUAUUGCGUUUAGGUAGAGAUAAUUGUUCGUAAGUUUUUUUUUUCUCCUAAUUUUUGUAAAUUAUCAUUUUGUACUAUAAACGGCCAAUUUCUUAAUCGUAUUUUUAUCGUACAGCGUAUCGUUAAAUGUAUAGACAAUUGAAAAAGUAUUUAUUAUAGCGUGGCUUCGAACAAGCGACGAUGCUUAAACUAGUAAACUGUGAUAUCAGAACGUGCGUGAACGUAUACAAAGUUCCUACGUUUUUUAUAGAAACUAAUUAAUUAUUACGUGUAUCAUCUGAUUUUUCAUAUAACUUGACGUAAUCGCGUUUUCACGUUAUCAAAGACAACAUCUUCAUACCCGAAGACUAGAAUCUCAAGUCUGUCCGAACGCAACAGUAUUCUAAUUCGAUAUCAAUUCAGACAAAAAUCAUCUCUAAAACAAAAAUUUCAAGAUUGAAAAACAAAAUACGUGACGCGUAUGUUUCUCAAUAAGUAGGAAUAAUUAUCAUUAGUUAUUAAUUAAUCCAAUAGUAUUAGAUAAUAAUCAGCCCUCUAGCAGGAUUAGUAUAAUCGUAGUAUUUAUGAGAGAUAAAUUUUUUUUUUUUUU